UAACAUCCCUGCCGGGUGCAGCAGCUCCUUAACCCUUUCCAGCCCGCGAGAGCAGCAGCUCCUUCCUCCGUACCAGGCCCGGCGGCUGCUCAUUGUCAUGAAAGCGCUGCACACAAAAAGCAAACGGGAGAAGAAAAAAAAAAGCAAAUAAUAAAAAUAUGAGGACAGCAGCAGAAGUGAGGCGUCAAAUGGAUUCAGCGGAGUGGUACCAUGGGAGAGCUGGGGGUCCGCUCUGGGAUGUCUGCAGCCAAGUUUACAUCGAGACCACCGAGAGGAGCUGCAUUCACCUGGCCAGUGACAAGGUGACAAGAACCGGACGCGGCCGGCAGGAUAACUCAUGGAAGCCUCAUGGUUGUGGAGCAGAUGAUGCUGCAACAGGACCCCCAUAUAUGCAGGUGACCAUAGAAGAUGUCAUAGUGCAUUGUGGAGAAACAGCUCAGUUUGAUGCUGUGAUAGAUGGGAGCCCUCCUCUGACCAUUGCCUGGUAUAAGGACAACAGCCCGUUGAAGGAGAGCGACAGAAUCCAGAUGGUGAAGGAGGACAGAAAAUACUCCCUCGUGUUACGGAGCGCAAAGCGCGGCGAUGGUGGUGUGUAUACCUGUACUGCCAGCAACAGCGCGGGGGAGGUCUCCUGCAAGGCUGAGCUCAUUAUGCAUGAGGAUGAGAGAGAACAAGACACAAAGACGAUGCACAAGAGGAGGAAGCUGAAAUCUUUCUUUGAGGUUAAAGACGAGAUUGGGAGGGGCUGCUUUAGCUUUGUGAAACGCGUGGUGCAUAAAGGAAAUGGGGCAACAUGCGCCGCCAAAUUUAUUCCGCUGAGAAGUAAGACUCGCCAGCAGGCGCACCGCGAGCGGGACAUCUUAUCGGAAGUGUCACACAGCCGGGUCACCAAACUGCUCGAUGCCUUCGAAACCAAAAAAACCUUGAUUCUCAUUUUGGAACUAUGCUGCGGGGAGGAAAUACUGGAUCGCCUGUACCGGAAACAUACAUUUACGGAGAAAGAGGUUAAGCUGUACAUCAGGCAACUUCUUGAAGCCAUCGCCUAUCUUCACAGCAGGAACAUCCUUCAUUUGGAUAUUAAGCCAUCAAAUAUACUAAUGGUCAGCUCUGAUAAAGAGGAGAUCAAACUGUGCGACUUUGGCUUUGCCCAGAAAGUAUCUGCAUCAGCGUUCCAGUACAGCAAGUACGGGUCUCCGGAGUUUGUGUCCCCGGAAAUCGCCGGCCAGGCCCCUGUGUCUAAAUCUUCCGACAUCUGGCCUGUUGGAGUGAUCAGCUAUGUCUGCCUGCUCAGCGUCUCCCCAUUUGCCGGUCAGAAUGACAGAGAGACCUUACUCAACGUACAACAAGGCAAGAUCAGCUGGACCUGCCCAGGGUUUGCCCAGCUAAGUGCCAACGCCCAGGACUUCAUGAAGCUGACCAUCCAGAUGUCCCCGGAUGCACGCCCCGGGGCGACCGACUGUAUUCAGCAUAAAUGGUUUGUGGAGAGCUCCAGCCCAGAAGACACUCAACCAAUCAGCUCAAAGAACCUAAGAUUCCUUGUUGCGCGCAGUAGGUGGCAGCGCUCACUCAUGUGCUAUAAAUCGAUCCUGGUGAUGAGGUCUAUACCUGAGCUUCUGAACAGCAAGAUGGAGAGCACAUCACUGGGCGUCCCCCGGCACCUGGUGGAAUGCAGCAGCUCUUCAUCCAGCAGCGGCUCUUCUUCCGAUAACGAGAGUGACGCCAGCCCCACCGCCAGAGAUUGUAAUCCGUCUCUGGAAUUGCACUUGUCCAUUUUCAAGAUGUCUGAAAAGGAUAGAUUGGAACCGCAGUCCACACCAGAGCCAGAAAUGGAGAGAGAAGUUAAAGACACCGUAGGGGAAGAGAAGAGGGAAAGCAAAGACAUCACUCUUCACGGGCUCCAUGACACCUCUAGUACAUACAAACAAGAACAUGAGAGUUCUGGGUUAUGUGACAACCAAGAAGAGCUUGGAGAAGCUGAAAAAAUGCUCAUUAGUUCUGUAGAGACGUCACCAAGAAAGCAACCUUUGAAUAGAGCGGCCACUAUUGAAGUUGGUGGCUUAGCCUCUAAAAAAGCAAAGACUGGAUCUUUUGUUAGAGGGACGUCUGCUGACAGUGCUCUGCUGCUUCAAAGAGGAAUUGACAAACCAUCAUUAGUCUGUGUUCCAAGGCAAAGCAUAAUCAAUAGCAUGUUUUACAACCAGGCUUGUGAAGGACCUGGCACAGCAUCUAGCGAUGAGCCAUUUAAGGAGAAAGAGUUCGUCAAGCACCGUGAACGUGCGCGCAGGAGUUUGAUGAAGGCAGGAUACUCCCAAAAGAUUUUGAGUGGUUUGCGGGAACCACUUUUGGAGCAGUUUGCAAUGGAACAAAGGAUGUUGGCCCAGGAUGGCUCGACGUUAGACCAAGAUGGUCAACUGAGUGCUCUGAAAAAGUCUGCUUCAUUUGACACAGUGAAGGGGCCCUUACGGUCCUCUUUUAAGGUUUCUAGCAGAAGCCGUUCCCUUGAUGACUACAAAUCAAGGCCUUUGAGUGUUUAUAAAGGAACAUUUGUAGAAGAAGUAAAUCAAGAUCAUUCAAAAGGUGCAAAAGGAGCCAUUGAUACAUUUGUCACUGACACUAAACAUCAGGCUGAAAGGUUGUUGAUUGCUGAUGGCUCUACAAGAGUUACCAGUGCACCUCCUGAGUUCCAUCAGCAUUCCGCAGCUGCAAAAAUAUCUUCAACUCGAAGGCCUCUUUCUGCUCCCCCUAUAGGGCGCGACAACACCAUAAUUGCUGUUUUACAUCAGCAGUCUUUAUUGGAUGCUGUAGGAACUAAAGAAGGUUCAACUUCUGCAAUGUUGGAGGGAGAUGAAGGCACUAUAAUUGCAUUUGUAAAGCCAAAACAAAUGGAGGAGUCAGAGUCUUUCUCGAAGCCACCUUCAGCAGUUGUGUAUGACAUAGACAAAAUGAGACGUUCGCCUCACUCAGCUGAAUUAGUCACAGAAGGAAAAGGACAACUAUUAGAUAUUAAGGGUGGAGUGAAGUUGACAGUCCAUGCAACGUCUCAUGAAAAUGACUUUCUUACCUCUGAUAACUCCGCGAAAAAGUCAACAGAUGGAGUUAAAUACAGUGAGGACUUUGCUAAGGACAAGCAGAGAAAGGAGGAUAUUUUUCUAGGAUCUACCACAGAAAAACCACUUCACUUUGCGCAGUUUAGUGAUGAAAACACAAGAAUAGCAGUAAUACAUCAAUCAACUGGGGAAGUGUUAUCCUUAUCUAAACACAUUGCAGUUCAUGUAGAAGAUGAAAAACAUCCAGAUGAAAUCAUUCAACCAAUGUCGUCACCAACGUCAGACUUUCCAACCCAAAUAACCGCAGCCACAGGGCCAUCAGGAGAUAUAAAUAUCCCAGAUACCAUUAUGACUGAGUUGUCUUUGAGUGGUUGCUCAACAGAGAGAUUUACAGUCACCCAGUCUGAUGUUGCAGACAAGUUAAAACCAUUCAUCCAUCAGAAGACCGAGUUCAGUAAAGAUUAUCAGAAAGAAAUCUUUCCAUCCCAAAAAUCAGAAUAUGACACACAAGUACCACUCCCAAAAGUUCAUUGUCAUGAAACUUCUCGUAGUGACAGUAGACAAAGUUUUACCAAAGAUUUACAGUUCUCUGAAUAUGGUGACGAACAAUGUGUUACUCUUGAGGACCUAGUAGGAGAGAUGUCUUCUUUGUCAGAAGAGAUGGAAGUGUUGGCAAGUGAACAAAAGCUUAUUUGCCAAGGAGAUCUGCCUUUUCCACCAGUGACUGACCAAUCCAUGGAACCAACAGAACCACAAAAAUCAGGCAGUUUGACAGGGGAAUUCCAUGCAAUGGAAACAGAUCCCAGUCCAUUUGGACAAAUUGGAAAAGAACCACAAAUCACGUCAAUCUCACAGUGUAGCUUCUAUGAGUCUCUGUCUCGGGCCCAUGUCUCACCUCCACAUCAUGAACACUUUGAAGAAUUCACCAUUGAAAGUCGCAGCUCUAGUAAAACUUUUAUUUCUCAUUCUGACAGUUCCGGCACAGGACAGAGAUCUGACAAUUUCUCUGACUUUGAAGAGGCUGGCAGGCAUUCGGAGGUGUCACUGGUGGAGAUUGGAGAGAUUCACCAGAAAAGGUCUUCAACCAGCUGUGAGCCUCUAGCGCUUGGAACUUAUGAUUUUGAAACCACACGUUCCCAGCUUCAAGAUCUCUAUGAUCUAUUCUCAUUUCCCCAACAGCCCCUUAGUAUUGAAGAAAAUAAGUUUUCAUCAUUGGCUGAGCAGUGUGGUCAGUCAUCUGUGGAAUCUCAACAUGCAAUGGACUUUGGAGAAACUGUUAUGGCUACCUCAACUGUGAGGCCUGUAGUGGAGGUGAAGAACAUUGUGCCACUUCAACCAUUGCAGCCGUCGGACCCUAAAGAGAGAAAAAGCUCAAGGAAACGCAUCAAACUCUUUCGUCCUCAUGGAAAACCUGAAAAAACUGGGAAGACCACAGAGCCAAGUCUGAAACAGAAAGUCAAAGCUUCAGUGGCCAACAUUUCCCGGAUCAUCAAAGGAAAGCACGGAAACGGGAAGGAAGGUCCGUCUGACGUGGCCAAACUUCAUAUUGCCGAGCAAACAGCAGCCAGCAAUUCAUCGGGACCGGUAAAGAAAAAGGGGCUUCCUUCUUUCAAGUUGCUGAACCUCUCUGCGAAGGACAAAGCACCGGCGUUUGUGGAGGAGCUGACAGACCAGACCGUCGUCGUGGGUCACAUGGUGACGCUAACUUGCCGGACGGCUCAGCCUGUGUCGGACGUGGCAUGGUAUAAAGAUGGGGUCGCUAUUCACAGCAGUGAGAGGGUCCUCAUUUCCUCCACCCUGAAGAACUACCAUCUGCUCACCAUACUGGUGGUCAACGCUCAGGACUUUGGGAUCUACGCCUGCGUGGCCACCAACGUCCUGGGAAGCGCGUCCACUUGCUGCAUCAUAAAGAAAGCCGAAAUCCCAUGCUGCCCUUCCAGCCCGGACGUCGCUCAGGUGUACAAGGAUGGUGCACUUAUUGUAUGGAAACCUGUGGAAUCCAGCACUCCUGUGACCUACUUCCUCCAGUACCGGAAGGAGGGUGAGGAGUGGAGAGCCCUGACGCUGGAUAUCUCUGAUUGCUGCUACUCUACACAUAACCUCUCUGAGGGCCACGUGUACUCAUUCAGGAUUGCCUGUAUCAGUAAAGCGGGUAUGGGUCCUUACAGUAACCCAUCUGUAGGUGUGAGGAUCGGGAGAAGCAGCCCAGCAAAUGUGCAUUUAUCCGGACUGCCCAGGGCGGGGGAGAGAGACCAGACUUCAGAGCGAGAACUGACCACUGAUUUACAGGUGGAGGGGAAGAGGGGCCGAUUCAGCAAUGUCAGAUUGUGCACGGAAAAAUCCACUGGACGGGCGCUGGCUGCCAAGAUCAUCCCGUAUGUGGAGGAGCAAAAGGAGGCCACGCUGCUGGAAUAUCACAUCCUGAAGAAGCUCCAUCACACCAACCUGGUGCAGUUACACGCGGCGUUCCUGAGUCCUCAGCACCUGGUGCUGGUUCUGGAGCUGUGUGAGGGUCAGGAGCUGCUGCGCUGCCUGUCCUCAGGGCCGUCGUACUCGGAGCUGGAGGUGAGAGACUACCUGUGGCAGAUUCUCAGCGCUGUGGAAUUCCUCCACGACAAACAGAUCCUACACCUGGACCUGCGGUCGGAGAACACCAUCGUCACAGAGCACAAGCUGGUGAAAAUCCUGGACUUUGGCAGCGCACAGGUCUACUCCCCAGACAAGGUGAUCACCCCCCAGAGAUACACGGAUUACUUUGAGACGAUGGCCCCGGAACUGGUAGAAGGCCAGGGAGCGGUUCCACCCACAGAUAUAUGGGCAGUGGGGAUUACAGCCUUUAUUAUGCUAAGUGGCGACUACCCGUUCAGUUCCGACUCGGGGACGGAGUUGGAGAAAGGGAUGAAGAAAGGGUUAAUCAGGUUUAGUCGCUGCUACGCGGGACUGUCUGGCGGAGCUGUGCGAUUCCUGCAGAGCACACUGUGGGCAAAUCCCUGGGGGCGGCCCUCGGCGUCAGACUGCCUGAAGAUGCCCUGGCUCCAGGAAGCUGGACUGGCCACGUUACAGGAACCACCGGUCUCCUUCCCCAGUGAGAGACUGAGAGACUUCCUACGCCAGAGGAGCAAGACUGGGAGAGUGGCGCAGUCGGCGUUGAGUCCUCCAGUCCAGUUAUCUCACUCCUGAUAGGACAUCUAAACCUCCUCCUAAUUAGAGCACAUUUCCUAAUACAGAAGGAUGCCUUCAUUCUCUAUAGUCCAGUGACCUCACUUAUCAGACGGCCAGAGACCUUACUACAUUCUGUGACCUCACUCAUGACUUAGCCAGAGACCUUACUACAUUCUGUGACCUCACUCAUGACUUAGCCAGAGACCUUAACGCGCUCUGUGACCUCACUCAUGACACGUCCAGAGAACUUACCACACUCGGUGACCUCACUCAUGACACAGCUAGUGACCUACCUACAUCCUAUGACAUCAUUGAUGACCCAUCCAGUAACCUCAUUCAUGACACAGCCAGUGACCUACCUACAUCCAAUGAACUCACUCAUGACAGUCAGAGACCUUUUCAUGAUCAGUGACCUCACUCAUGAUACAACAAGAGACCUUACCACGGUCAGUGACCUACCUACAUCCUAUGACAUAAUUGUUGACCCAUACGGUGACCUCACUCAUGACACAGCCAGUGACUUGCCUACAUCUGAUGACAUCAUUGAUGACCCAUCCAGUGACCUCAUUCAUGACACAGAGACCUUACUCUAAUCCGUGACCUCACUCAUGACCCACCCAUCAGUAGACUUCACCGUGUCUUCCUGUAGAACGUCUUUAGAGUAACACCUUUUUCCGGUUAUAUUUUCUCUACACUCACCUUACAUAAGUGGUAGAGUAGCGCCAAUGACCGUGGUCUGCUGCACUAUUGAAGUGGACGCUCUCUUUGUCCUUUCCUACCUGCCAGGCGUAAGUCCUAUUAAUAGGUCCCCAGGAAUGACAUUAUAUUACUCAGGUAUCACUAGUACGUUUGUUGUUUUGUCUUGUCGCACAGAUACCUUCAAGAGAUACAGGAUAGUAAAUGCCAAUUUGGAUAGAUGUAUUGCUGACUCGAGAACAUUAAUAAGAGGAAAGGAUAUAAUAGGCAGUGAGUGGCUUCACCGGUGUCCGUGUGGGAUGCUAAGUUUCUAUAGAAUGAGACGAGUAGAGGGGGAAUGUCUGGAGCGAAUGACAGAAUCUCCUGGCCAUGGGGGCCGUGUGAUAUCGGUUACAGAAUAAUAUCUAGUUGCAUUUUAGAACUUUGAAUACUAACAACAUUGUAACAUUUUAGCAUAAGACGUAGAGAAUGCGAUAAGUUAUUCUAAUGUACUAGAACUUGAUUUGAAACAUAUUUUAGAUGCUGAAUACAUAUUUUUGGGGUUUUAUUUCGUCUAAGUUACUAAUGUCAGGUACUAGACUCACUGAUUGUCAGUUACCUGCACCCGAGAUAUAGGACAUUACAGCUACUCAUUAUUACACCCGUGUAUCACAGAUACGGCGUUCGCUCAUCGGCGCAGAGCAACUCACACUCACGAUGCGCUCCGCACUUUCUUACCGCAUAUUAGAGUUAAGGGAACAGAUUUUUACUUCCACUAAGGUUGUAUACUUUGCAUGUCUUUCUAAAUACUUUCCUGUUGUCGGAUUUGUCUGUUUGAUAUUUCAAUAAAAAUAAUUAGAGAAA